AUGGCGGAGUGGCUAGACAUGCUUGAUAUCAUGGAGGUUUUAGAAGAAAAUAAUCCAAUAAUGCCUGUUCCCAGACUCAUACGAGAUCGUAAAAAUCCGUUCCAGGAAUAUCGUGAUGAGGAAUUUCGCAUAAGGUACCGUUUCAGGAAGGAUAGCGUGUUGCAUUUCCUUGAUUUAAUAACGGCCGAUAUUGAACACCCGACAGACAAGAAUAGUGCAAUACCUGCAUAUCUCCAGUUGCUAGUACCACUGCGCUUCUUUGCCACUGGUAAAUUCCAUAGAGAAGAUGGAGACCUGGUAGGAGUUCACCAGUCAUCAGUAAGCCGGAUAGUGAACAGAGUAUCCAGAGCUAUUGCCAGGAGGCGUCCUGAGUUCAUUGCAUUUCCUGAUGCUGAUGCUGCCCGAGAUGUCCGCCGCCGGUUUUAUGAAGUCGCUGGGUUUCCAGGUGUGAUUGGAUUAAUUGAUGGUAUACACGUACCGAUUUCUUGUCCGAGUAUAGAAGAUGCCGAGAUUUUCAGGAACAGGAAGCGUAUAUAUUCAAUAAACGUUCAAGGAAUUUCAGGUCCAGACAUGGAAUUCACUAAUAUUGUUGCUAGAUGGCCAGGGUCCACACACGAUAGUAGAAUCUUUGAAAAUAGUGCAGUAUGCAUGAAAUACGAGAACGGACAAAUCGGGAAUGGCUUGCUUCUUGGCGACAGAGGAUAUCCAUGCAGACGGUAUUUGUUGACCCCAUUCCACAAUCCAGUUGAUGCUGCCAGCAUACGAUACAAUGACGCCCAUAUAGCGACACGAUCUGCAGUCGAACGGGUGUUUGGUAUUUGGAAAAGACGAUUUCCUUGCUUGAAAAUGGGUCUUCGUGUCAAGCUAAAGAAGUUUGGUGAUAAUAAUAGCCACAGCAGUUCUUCACAACUACGCAAGGAGACAACAGGAGGUGCCAUUCGAUGGUGA